CCAAUCAGAUGGAGAGCCCCCUCGGCUCGGGCUGCCUGCAUGCUGGAGUUAAAAAGUGCUGCCGGCCGAGCGGCAGCCCCAGAGAGAGGCGGGCGGGCUGAGCGCCGCCGAGCAGGGGCCGGGGAGCCGCCGCCGCUGCGUGCCGUCUUGCCUGCGGGGUAGCAGAACUUGGUGUUUUUGAGGACAGCCCCAAUGACAAUUUGAAGUCCUGCCUCCUCUGGGUUGCUCAAAUUCUUUUAGGAACUGGGAUAUUGCUUCUUCAGCAUGGCUUUGCAGCAAGGGAUCCUUUGAGACUGCAAAAACUAUUUAAAGAAGGAAGACGGCAUGAGAUUGGAUUCAGUGCAGUAAAGUAGGUUAGUUUGAGGACAAGAAAAAAGUUGCUGUUUAGAUCUUCUCGUGUUGUCGUGAUGAGAACUUACCAUUGCUUCUGGCUGCUGUUUUGGGCUGGUCAGCCCCACCAAAGUUUCUUAACUUCGUUGUCCAAAAGGACUAGUGGCUUUCCAGAGAAGGGAAAGGUUUUGGUAUUGUCUGGAAACAGCAGGAGAGAACUCAGUCGUUCCAAAAGGAGCUGGAUGUGGAAUCAGUUCUUUUUAUUGGAGGAAUACACAGGAACUGACUACCAAUAUGUUGGCAAGCUGCAUUCAGACCAGGAUAAAGGAGAUGGAUCACUUAAGUACAUCCUUUCUGGAGAUGGAGCAGGAGACCUCUUCAUUAUCAAUGAAAACACUGGUGACAUCCAGGCCACAAAGAGACUAGACAGGGAAGAAAAGCCUGUAUACAUACUUCGUGCCCAGGCUAUAAACAGAAGGACUGGAAGACCAGUGGAACCAGAAUCUGAGUUCAUCAUUAAGAUCCAUGAUAUCAAUGACAAUGAGCCAAUGUUUACAAAGGACGUUUACAAUGCCAGCAUCCCUGAAAUGUCAGACGUUGGUACCUUUGUUGUGCAAGUCACUGCAACUGAUGCCGAUGAUCCUACAUAUGGGAACAGUGCUAAAGUUGUCUACAGCAUUCUCCAGGGACAACCAUAUUUCUCUGUUGAAUCUGAGACAGGCAUUAUUAAAACUGCUUUGCUAAACAUGGACCGUGAAAACAGGGAGCAAUAUCAAGUGGUCAUCCAGGCUAAGGACAUGGGAGGCCAGAUGGGCGGAUUAUCAGGAACCACCACCGUGAACAUCACACUGACCGACGUAAACGACAAUCCUCCUCGCUUCCCCCAGAGCACAUACCAAUUUAGAGCACCUGAAUCUACGCCACCUGACUCACCAAUCGGCAGGAUAAAAGCUAAUGAUGCAGAUGUGGAUGAAAAUGCAGAGAUUGAAUACAGCAUCACUGAAGGGGAUGGAUAUGACAUGUUCGGAAUUACCACAGACAAGGACACACAGGAAGGAAUUAUAACCGUCAAAAAGGCACUGGAUUUCGAAAAUAAAAACUUGUAUAUUCUGAAAGUGGAAGCUACCAAUACUCAUGUGGACCCUCGAUUCCUCUACUUGGGGCCAUUCAAGGACUCAGCUACAGUCAGAAUUCAAGUGGAGGAUGUAGAUGAACCACCCGUGUUCAGCAGACCAGCGUAUAUAAUUGAAGUGAAAGAAGAUGUUCCAAUAAACAGUGUCAUAGGAACGGUAACAGCUCAAGAUCCAGAUGCUGCCAAGAACCCUGUCAAAUAUUCUGUAGAUCGACACACUGAUAUGGACAGAGUAUUCAACAUCAAUUCAGGAAACGGUUCGAUAUUUACUUCAAAACCCCUUGACCGGGAAACACUGCUAUGGCACAACAUUACAGUAAUAGCAGCAGAGAUCAACAACCCAAAACAAAGCAGCCGUGUCCCAGUAUUCAUUAAGGUUUUGGAUGUAAAUGACAAUGCUCCAGAGUUUGCCAUGUUUUAUGAGACCUUCGUCUGUGAAAAUGCAAAGGCAGAACAGCUGAUACAAACAUUAAGUGCUGUUGAUAAAGAUGACUCUUACAGUGGACACCAGUUUUCAUUCUCCUUAGCUCCUGAGGCAGCCAGCAGCUCAAACUUUACACUCCAGGACAACAGAGACAACACAGCAGGGAUUUUCACCCGAAAAACCAGAUACAACCGGCAUGAAAUGAGUACCUACCUCUUGCCAGUGGUAAUAUCAGACAAUGACUACCCUAUCCAGAGCAGCACUGAAACAGUGACUAUUCGAGUAUGUGCUUGUGACCAUCGAGGAAAAAUGCUGUCCUGUAAUGCAGAAGCCUUGAUUCAUCCUACUGGUCUUAGCACUGGGGCUCUUAUUGCCAUUCUUCUCUGUAUCAUUAUAUUACUUGUUACAGUAGUGCUGUUUGCAGCACUGAGACGGCAGCGGAAAAAAGAGCCUUUGAUUAUUUCCAAAGAAGACAUCAGAGACAACAUUGUCAGUUAUAAUGAUGAAGGUGGUGGAGAGGAAGACACCCAGGCAUUUGAUAUCGGCACGCUGAGGAAUCCCGAAGCCAUAGACGAUAAUAAAUUGCGCAGAGACAUCGUGCCAGAAACGCUUUUUAUGCCACGGCGGACUGCGACAGCGCGAGAUAACACGGAUGUCAGAGAUUUCAUUAACCAAAGGUUAAAGGAAAAUGAUACAGAUCCAGCGGCCCCCCCGUAUGACUCGUUAGCAACCUACGCAUAUGAAGGUAAUGGUUCUGUGGCAGAGUCCCUCAGCUCCUUGGAGUCGGUGACCACGGACGGAGAUCAGGACUACGAUUACCUCAGUGACUGGGGGCCACGGUUUAAAAAGCUGGCAGAUAUGUAUGGCACGAUUGACAGUGACAAAGACUCUUAAUAUGUUGCCUUUUUUUUUUCUCCCUCAUUUUCAGAAACAGCAUUGAGAUAUGUGAAGUGGCUAUUUCUUUCUAAUUCUCCACAGCUCUGUGAAAGGGUUCUCUAUCCGACCGGUUCCAGUUGUCUAAUGACUGCAGUCUGUGUGGAUCAGCUGUCAGAAAACUUUUUCUAAUAUCAUUUUAUGAGCUUCCAAGAGGCAAACUUCUUAUUUUUUAGUGCAUCCAGUUUACUAAGCCAACCUUACAGGCACAGCAGUAGUGGAGGGGAAAAAAAAAGAUCAGAUGGGGAGCAAUAUUUUUACUUGUUCUGCUUAUAUUGUAAAUUGGAGUAUAUUACUGUUUAAGCUCACUUGCUCUUUUUACUUGUAUUCAGAUUAUUCAGCUCAGACGACUGCUCUGUCGAUUGUGUAUUGCACAUCCCAAUGUAAUGAGGUACCCUAGUUUAACCUAUGUAUUAUAGUCAAAAGUAGUGGUGAUGGAAUGAAGGUUUAUUAUACAAGUAGAGUCAGCUGAGAAAAAAAACAAAUGCAUUUUACUCAUGAGGAGGGUAGAGAGGCCUAAUGGUCAUUUAAAUCUAAGUGUUUUUUUCAGAACUUGCCAUUGCCCCCAGUGCACUGAAUCAUAGCAACACACAUAUAUAUAGUUCAUUGACUGCUGUGUAUAUAUUCUUCUGACCUAGCAUUGCUGGAGAGAUGUGUGUGCAUGUGUGUGCGGUCAGUAACCCCAAUAUCUAGUUCUUAAGUGGUUUCCCAGUUCUGACCCAGACUUGCCUUGUGAUACGGAACAAGUCAUCUAAUCCAACUCCAGAUUGAACCACAAUUUAGAGGAAGGAGCAGAACGUAGCUGUGCUUUUCUUUGUACUUGCGAUGGUUUCCACCUGCACAGCAGUUCAGUGGUGAAGGCCACUGUGCUGGGAGGUGGGAGUCAGGCUUUUCAUAUCCAUCUACUUCUGCCUGUUCCCACGUGCAGGAGGGCAGCUGUAACCUCAAGGUGACUGCCACCCAUUGAGUCAAAAGAAGCAAGUGCAAAGGAGGAAGGAGUGCUUUUGUCCUAAACUCCCCUGCCAGGGUGUCUUCUGACUGAUUCUCUGCCCAGUUUUGCUAUCUAUAAAGUGGGGAAAUAAUGCCUACCUCAUCAGGAUGUUGCAAGAAUUAGAUAAGUCAUUUGGAAAAUGCUUUACAGAUGGACAAUGCUGGUAUUCUGCCAGAGGAAGUAAUUUCUCAUGCUUUUUUGGCUCCUUCCCCCCAACCCCCUUUCAGAUUCAAGCCUUGAAUGCAAAAAUAAGUGAAAAUCAAUUAUCAUUCUAAUGGCCUGAAAAGUAGGGUUUAUAACUUUUUUUUUUUUUUUUUUUUAAUAAGCAACUCAGCCAGGGUUGUUAAAGACAUCACCAAAAGGUGACAGUUUAAUCACAUGUCUUUCCAUGGGUGUCCUUAUCUUCUUUGCCAAGCUAAGCAAUUUUUGUUCAAGGAUGGGGGCAGGGAAGAUGCCAUAGUCUCAGGCCAGAACAAUUUUAUCUACGUAUGACUUAUGCACCACUCACUCUUUCUGUUGGUUGUCAAACCUAUACAGUGUCUGCUCUUCAAAUCUAGCGAUCUAGGAGAGGCUAGCUGGAGAAAACUCUAAGGGGCAGCCAUGGGACAUACCCAUUUCCAGAAGCUAGGAGCACCCCUUGGUCCCAAAGUAGGGACGUGGCCUAUGGCACUAUGCCAAUGAAAGAAGAAUUUUUAUUUUUAUUUUAAUAUACCUCAUAAAUAACUAAUCUAUUUUAUUUUGAAAUGGUAUUUAAUACUAGAAUUACAGGCAUGGAUCUAUUUCCCUCCUCCUCCCCCCUCAAUUUUUUAGUGAAUCAGUUUGAAAACUAAAACAACGGCUCCAAUUUACUCUAAGACACAAAGAGACAAGGGAAAAAAGUUAAUAAACAGAAAAUUAAAAGGGAUUAAAAAAUAAUCCCUGGAAUUCAUUACUCCCAGAGAGUUGAAUAAUGAGAGCAGUAAGAUUCCAGAGUAUGAGACGCAUAUAAGCACGACAACAUAAAUUCAGGAUUUGCAGUGUCCAGCAGCACUGGGAAGGCUGCCUUUGCAGUGGGGAGCACCACACGCUUGCAGGCUUAGGGCAAGGCAGCUAAUGCUUUACAGGUGCCCAGCGCUGCAGCUCAGAUGGGUUUUCAGAGCAGAGGAGUCCAGAAUUUCAGGGAGAGCUGAUCCCCAGUGCCGCUGGUGGAGGCCUCUCAGGGGUCAGGUGCCCAAAUGUAGCAGGGCUGAGCCUGCACAACAGCAGCGACACAGCCGGAUCCUUCUCUUGUUCUCCUCAGGGCCUCUCUGUAAUUUAAGAUGAUAAUCUUUGAAUGCCUAUCCUUUUGUAGCCUCCUAGAAAUUAACACAUCCAGGAGGCAACCCGCCCGAAACCCAGGCCUGGCACAGGAGCAGGCCGCCUGGUUUCUCAGUGGCUUUCAGACACACAGGAGGAGAAGGAGGCGCUCAGCACCUCCUGCCACAGGCUCCUGGCUUGGGGCUACACUCAGACCCUGGAGACAGUGUACCCUCCAGGGCUCAUCACCCUUUUUGCGCAGGCCUGCCUGCAGCAAGUCGCCUCAGAAACUCAGGGCAGAGCUGGAUGCCAAGAGCGAGCAGGCCAAUCCUCCCCACACCUCAGACCAGCAAGCCACGGCAGAGGUGGCUGCCAAACCUUGAAGGCCAGGGGUUGCCUGGGCCUAUUCAGCCCCACAAAACCUCCCUGGCUCACCAGGGAGAGGGGGCUGUGGCCACUUGGCUGGAGGCAGCCCAGGAACAGGCAGCCCGCCCGCAGCCCUGACAGGAGCAGGCACCCCGCCAGGCAGCGCCCAGCAGGCAGUCCUCCUCAACAGGAGGACUGCUCACCUUGUAACUACUUCCCUACCUUUGUACGGUGAGUUUGUCAGAUUUAGUGAUUGUUAGUGGCAGUUCAAGCUCAAGUUUAUUUUUAAUUUUUCCCAUCCUCUUUUUUUUUUUUUAUUGAAAGCUGGUUCUAUCUUGUCCACUGAGUGACACAGUAAAUAACAGAGUGGCUACUUUUGCCUGUUGUGUAAAUAUAUAUAAAAUUAUACAGUGUCACCACAAAUAUGGUGCCUGAAUAUCAAAUGGAUUCUCCUAGGAAAACUCAAGGCAAACUCACAUUCAAAUUCUUUAUUAUGCAUCUAGGUUUUAAGGUCUAUUUUUUCUUGCAAAUUAGACAGACUUAGCAUCCCUCUCACAGCAAGAAGAAAUCAAUUCUGUCUUUUCUUCUUGCUUGGCAGUACCACAAAGUGCAAUUUAUAAAAUCAGUACUGCAUAUUAAAUAUUGAAAGUGCCAUAUUGCAGUGGAUACAAAACUUCACAGUAGUAUUUCUUUGCACCUUGUUGCAUGCCAGCGUGCUAGAUGAUAGAAUUAGUAUUUAACAAUGCUUUCACACAUCGCUAGAAUCAUCAUUUAUAGAUAAGCAAGUGUUAGAUUAGCGGCUAUAAAGUGGGUUUCAAGGCUGUUUUAAGCCUGCUGUUCUUACAACCACACCUAUUUGAAGAGAAGAAACAUUACUAGCAAAUUUAGCUGAGCCAGGCAGAGAUGAGCAACGCAGUUGGCUUUUAAUUUGGAAAUGCAUCUGAUCUAACAAUAGGGGAGCUAUUAAAAGAUACUGAGGAAUUCAUGGGGAGCUGUUUACAAGGGAGACAUUUCCAGCCUUGCUAUUGCAGAACAAUAACAUCUCCACAAUUGAAAUAAUGUUUCUAAUACAGCUUAUUCCAUCCCAACUCCUGAAUCAGCCACUUUAUUCCAGAAAAGGGAUUUUUAUUCCAGAAGAAUAAAUGUUUCAGGUUAAGAAUCCCUCUGUCCCACAGAAGCACCAGUAUGUGGAGAUGCAGCAAACCAGCACACCCGCACACGGUGCUGACACCAUUGUGCCAGGAUACCUCCCCGUGCAGACCAGCCCUUGGAAAUAAGCAAAGGCAAAAAACUUUCAGUAGCUCCGAACAAGGGAAUUUGGGGUUUUCCAAAUGGCUCAACUGGCAGUACCACAGGGCUGGAAUAUGUUCCCAGACCUGAUGUGGAUGGAUACACUAUCUAAUCAUAAAGAAAAAAAAAAAAUCUCCCACAAGAACAAGUUAUCCAUGUUUCAGCUAGUGCUUUUAAAAAAUGUCUGGGAAAGAUCCCAAGUAGAAGAGAAACACUCUAUACGUACCAACAACAAUAUUUUCUAAACUUGUCCUAAGAAACAGUUAUAUUUUUCUGAUGAUUGUUUAUAUUGUUAGCUGUCAGGUCUUAGUUCAUUCUAUGGAAAGGUAUUUCAUAGUUGUUAAACACGAAUGGGAGAAGCAACUUUCAAAUGAUCCAGUUUUGGAAGCAACAGGCUGCAUUACAAGGCACAACAUUUCCGUUUCUCUGUCAAGAAAUAAACUAACAAAAACCAUUAACUGAAUAUGUCUAGUCCUACAGAAAUACAGUGGUCAUAAAGAAGUAGAGCAGGGAGAAAUGCCUUUGGGAAUGUGUGCACAUGUACAGUAUGCAUAAAAAGAAGGGAAAUAAUAAAGGGAACAUUGGGAGCUAGGCAUGUUUCAAAGUCAGACUUAACUGUGUUGAGCAGGGACAACAGCACAUAGCCACUUCUACACUUCCAGAUUGCCUAAGACAGCCAGAGGGAGAUUUGCGUGGAUAGGAAGACAGACAUCAUCUUUUUCAGACCAAGUAAAUUAAAUCAAGGCCAUUUCCAUGCAAAUUUCUAGUGAAGUCCUUUUCUCUUGAUUAUUAAAUGUGCUAAAUUUCUGCAUCAGAUAUAUCUUGAUGGCCUCCUGCAGUGUUUUCAGUGAAUUACGGACAGUGACUCUGAGCAGGUAACUCUCUGCAGACACCAUCAUGUUACCUCUUCCUGCCACCAUCUGUUUUAAAUCUCUCCAUGUUUCAUUUGGCUAUAAGCAGUACUGAAGUGUUUUACAAGACCACUGUCCCAACUGGAUGCUGCCAUCCCCUGCCCAUUUGUGUUUCAAUUAACACUGCAGUCUGAGCUCCCUUGUCAAAUGAGAGCUGACAAAUUAACAGUCAUUAUGCUAUUUCUGACAAGUAUGAACUAUUUUGUAAGUUGUAAAAGGCAGGGUAUUUUUCCAGCCCCUCUAGACCUGUGAAACAGCAGCCUUUCCCAUUAAAUGUCAGAGCCACGACAUUUAUUAUUUUCAAUUUAGCCUUCAGAAAGACUUGUUUUCUUAGAGGUUGUUUAUUUAAGAAAAAAAAAAAAAGGAACAAAAGUAUAUUUAAUAUCUACAGCUUCAUGCUCCAGAAGAAGGGGAAAAACACAGCAGCCAACUCCAUGUUUUAACACCAGCCUAUCCUCUCAGCACUUUUAUUUAGGCACAGCUGAGACAAUCUUGAUCCUGCCCAUCAUUUUGCAAUAUUAUACUUUUCAGCCCAUACCCGCACUCGUCAGACACUAAACACUUCCCUGAACUGUAUCCAAAAGCCAUGUCUAGGGUUGCAGGGAGUUCAAGAGUCAGAGACCCAGGAUUUUCAGGCAGAAGAAUGGAAAAUGAAUUGCAUGGGGUGGGAGUCGGGGGGAGGUAAUCAGUCACAUGCAAGGCAGGCCCACGGCACUUAAAAGCCACAAAGCUGUCAUAUUAUACAUAGAGUUACUAGAUUUCAAAGGAGCUUUUACAGAAGCUGCUUUCAUUUUUUUUUUCUGCAUGUCUUCUCUCAAAAAAAAAAAAAAAAGGAAAAAAAGGAGCUGUAAACUCCAAAUUUCUCCUUCUGCAAAUUUAAUUUGACAAAGAAGAUGCAAGUCCUGCACACAGA